AUGAAUCCACCACCACAAGCAAUCUCCCUUCUCUUCCUCUCCAUCAUCUUCUUCUUAGACUAUGUCACUGCUCGAUCUCCUCCUCCUCCUCCUCCUCCUUCUCCGUACACAACCAGCGACAAGCCGAGCUUAGUCAUUACCACCGGAGUUCUCUCCAUCUUCUUCACACUCACCUUCGUCCUCCUCAUCUACGCCAAAUGUUUCCACAACAACCUCCGAUCAGAGACCGACGAAGAAGGAGGCACAGUAAGACUCGAUCGUCUAUGGCAAUUCAAUCAGUCUUUUUCUCGAAUGUCAGGUCUCGACAAAACAGCUAUCGAUUCUCUUCCCUUCUUCAGAUUCUCUGCUUUGAAAGGAUCGAAACAAGGGCUCGAAUGUUCUGUCUGUUUGUCUAAAUUCGAAGACGUUGAGAUUCUUAGGUUAUUACCUAAAUGCAAACACGCUUUUCAUAUCGAGUGUAUUGAUCAUUGGCUUGAUCAGCACGCUACGUGUCCCUUGUGUAGAAACAGAGUUUCUAUCGAAGACGAGCUCUCUGUUUUCUCUGUUUUGGGUUGCAGUAGUAAUAGUCUGAGAAUCAUGGGCCAGUUAUCUGAUACGAGAGAAGAAGAAUCGAGCAUGGAGAUUCACAUCGAACGCGAAGAAGGAGGAGGAGGAGCUAGUGAUGGCUCUUCAUUAUUCAGCAGCUUCCGGAAGAUUCUCAAGUUAGGUAAAAAUGAUAAAUCGUUGUCGCUUGUGGAGCAAGGCAUCGAGAAACGUUUGCACAAGUUCAGACACAGGAUUGUAGUUUCGGAUGCUGUGUUGAAGAACCGUUGGAGUAAUAUGACUCGAUCGGAUUUGACUCGUUUGACAUUGGACAUGUUGAGUUCCAUGUCGGGCGAAGGGUUCGCGUCCAUGGAACGAAUGCAGAGAGGUGACUUGCUGGACAAGGAAGGUAAUGUGAUAAAGAGAAUAGUGAAGAAAAAUGAGUCAACGAGAAGAGCUGCUUCUGAUAUCACGGCUGUUCCUAGACUCAGUGUCCUGGAAGUUACAACAGCGACUAGAGCAAACGCGGUUGGAGGAAACGACAGCGGUUUGGUCGCUUCCACGUCAAGGAGUGAUACGGUAGCUGAGACUGAGGAAAGAAGACGACAAUUAUGGUUGCCGAUAGCUCGACAAACGGGUCUUGUGUUCAGUAACAGAGAGAAAUGA